CUUGUAGCUAUAGUCCAUGCCUUUCUGUAUAGACAGCUACAAAUCACUCCCAUUCCCAAUGACUGUGACCUUGAGAGCCCAUUUGCUGAAGGCCCAGGAGGGUGUGAGCAGCACUGGGGGCCCCAUUCUGGCUAGCUGGGCAAUGCAUGGGUUAAACUGGCAGGCAUGCUGAGAUGCCAUUAUCCCUGUGCAAGCUUGGCACACCGGAUCUCAGGCCGGUAUGGGAGUGGGUAGGUCCCCUGUAGGUUGCCAGAGGAUUACUGCAUGCUGCAAGGACAGCAGGUGCUGGGAGAGGCUCCUGAGCUCGCGUCAAUAAGACCUAAAGGGCAGGCUCUGGUUUUAUUUUUAUUCCUCCUGGCUGGCCCUUCAUGUCACUGCUGACCUUUCCCACUGCCUGAGCCCAAGGGAGCUGCAGUCUGUCUGUCCUGGGCCACCGGUCCCCAAGGCAAGGAAGCCACAAGAUGUGGGAGGAGAAGACCAGCAGCAAAAUCCCAGGUAAACACAGGGCCAGGAGGUAGACUUCCUCCUAAGCUGACUUGGAACUACAACUCCCAUGAUGCUUUGCCACCCCCAAGACUGGCAGAUCAUCAUGUGACCUGUAGCAAUAAAACAGCUUGGGUCUGCUUCCAGGAAACCCUAGUCCUCUUUCAAGGUCUUUAGAUGUGUUUUAUUGUGGGGCUGGCUGUUUUGUUUUGUCUGGUUUUUGUUUUCAUCCUUUUUCCUCUAAGCUAAGGAAAAAUCUCAAUUGAGCUUUCUGCCUUGCAAGAUUGUGAUUUGUGUAUAAAUAUUGGUGUAACAUGUAGCCUGACACUGAACAAACUGGUACUAAAGAUAAAGGAAUGAUCACCAUGGAAACGAUAGAACGUCUAGCAACACUUUACCCCCAGAAUAGUACCAGUGUCAGCCUUGCUGAAAUAAACCCUGACUUCAAUGGCUUUUGGGGAAACUGUAGGAGGGCUGUACCUGUGUCUAUCCCAAAAGCCAUCCUACUGCUAGAAUUCAUAUGGAGGAAAGCCUGACCUCUUCAAUGACUGUCAGGGUUAUUUACAAAAGGGAGAUUUUUAUUUAUUUAUUUAUUUUUUUUAAGUGAAUGAAGACCAGAGUAGUUGCAUAGAUUUCUUGAGGUUUUUCCAGUUUAACUAACUUGACCUUACACUUGACAUUCACUCUGAAUUCUCCCCACUCACUUAAACUUUCAGAAUCAAAUGUUCGCUACAACCUGAUGGGCAUAUGGGAGCUGUAGUCCCAAAAUCAUUCAUAUUUUGAUAAAUGGAGAAACUUGUAAAAAGGUGACAUUAAAUAAAAAAAAUACAUAUAUCCCCCACACCUGCAGAAUGGUUAAGGAUUUGUGUGGGACCUGAAAGUUAAACUGUAGUUCAAUAAUCUGGGUAGGAAUGACACAGAAUUGGGGUGGGGGCAGCCAUUCAUAAUGCAAUCUGAUUUGUGGAGCAUACAGUUCUAAGGGGGGAUGGUAUAACUAGGGAUUUUAUUAAUAGGAUAACCAACUGUUAACAAAUGUCUUGGGGUUUUCCCAUCUUUAAAUGAAAUUCCAACUGCUUUAAAAAGUUGUACCAGUUCCUAAACCUGUGGGUUCAAUCAAUGGCUGCCUGUAAACCAAGGCACAUGAUUAUUCUAGGGAUCUUGCUAACAAAGUAAGCUAGAGAUUAGUUGAAUAUACAAUUUGGCAAUUGAAUGGUUAAUGUAAAACAGUGCUGUGUUCACACGUCUAGCAAUCUUUCCCAGAAUUAUUGUAUGAAUAAGCUUUCCUUAAAUCUGGAUUUCAAAACCUGUAGUACUUGUCUAGAACAGAUAUUUUGUAAUAGAGCAUAACUCUUUUGCGCUCAAACAUCACUCAUUUAUGAGCUGGAAGUGAUUUCCACAUUCUGUAAUCCAGUUUCGAAUCCUGUGUACUUGUAUCUUGCUACAAGUGAAUGGCUGCUUGAACGUCUCAGACCGGGUUAGAGAUGGAAUUAUUAUAUAAAGGUAAAUCAUUCGGGGAUUACAAUGCUCAGAUGGGGUCGCAAGCAUUAGUCUGAUUUUGGUUUAGGAUUAAAUGGCCUCCCUUUCCUAUUAGUUCAGAGAGAGGUUAAUCAAGAAGCAUACACCCCAGUCAGGGCAAUGGGGGCAAAUGGAGCAGAGUCUACAGGCCCUUACUGACAGAGGCCUAAAGCAGCCACAAAGUUUAUUAGGCACAGUGGGCAUAUAGUCCCUUGUCUGUAUGUGUGGAAGGAACUUGGUGAUCAAUGGUUCAUCCCUCAACUCUUCCUGGGUUUGGGCUAAUCCUUGGCUGAGCUGCCAGAGUACUUCCCUAUCAGGGAACUUUUGCCUCGUGCUGUCCAUUUAAGCCAUCUGGGAGGUAAAUCUCAGACUGCCAAAAAAAGUGUAACAUCUAUGCAGCUUGCCUCAUGGAGGAGCUACUAAUUACAUCUCAAAAAUGGCUCUUGGCUGAGGAUGGUUAGGACUGGCUCAGGCAAUGUCUAGUGCCUGCAGUACUGCCUCCUGAGGUGGAGCAUGGUUCAAAAACUGGUAAAUUAAAAGGUUGCUUAAAUAUGUCUCUAGGCAACAAAGUGAUUUAAAAAAAAAUGCAAUUCUUAUUAGGGCUAUGUUGUUUUGCAGCUCGAGUUAUGCCCAUGGGCAGAGUAGUUUCUAUAAACCUUGCAAGAGCUUUUGCAAAAAACCUGCAGCAUUUUCAUGUUUGGGUUCAAUGGGAAUAAGACACGAAGGUCUGGGAUAUGUUCUCGGACACUUUCAAUGGUCGCACACUAUGGCAUAAUGAUAUUAUGAACAAUGAGUUAAUUGGCUUAUAUAUGGACACUGCUGGUUCCAAAGGUAUUGAAUUGUGUUGGCACAACGAAUGGGCAUUGGGUAAAUGGUCUCAAAAUUGGUCUGAUGCGGGUUUGUUGAACAUGGUUUUAUUUAAAGGACCACUAUAGGGGCUGGAACACAAACCUGUAUGCCUGACCCCAUCGUGUUAAAACCACAUCUAUCCCCCCUGCCUCCCUCCGAUCUGUUAUCAGCCAAUACUUUGUUAUAGGAAAGCAUUGGAUCCAACACAAGCCAAACACAGCCCUGGGCAAUCAGCAUCUCCUCAUCGAGACCGUAAAAUAUAAACAAAUACAAAAGGUAGGGGCUCUUGCCUGUGAGCAGAGAUCUAGCCCCUGAAGAUCUUAUACAGAGUAAUUUGCUAAAUAGCCUGUGACCUUACAAUCUAGAGUUCUGUUUGAACUCUUUCCUAUUGUAAACAAAAACAAGAUCAGAGUCAGCAGAGGGCAGUAUGCAGACUAUCUGCCCACAAGCCUCCACUAAAUCUAUAUGCCAGGGGUACACUCCAGGAGUGUCUCAGGGACUAACUCAAUAGAAUUAAUGAAACAAGAGAAGACCAUGAGGUUUGAAUGUUGCAUUCUUAAUUAUACAUAAUAUAAAUACACAAGACCACUUCUUUUGUCCAACUUGUUUAUCCCCUUAAGGACACAGCUUCAGAAGCUUGACUUACGCUUAAUGACACAAGCAAUUUUUGCAUUUUCUUGCUGUUUGCGUUCAACUGCAAUUUGCAUCUCUCUCAUUUAUUGCACCGACACACAUUAUAUACUGUUUUUUUAAAGGACAGAAAUGGCUUUAAUUUGAUAUAACAUAUAGAUAUAUAAAUGCUUACUUAUUAUAAAAAAAAUACAGAAAAAUACAAAAAAAAUGAAAAAUAUUGGUUUUUUUUACAGUUUUUGCAAUAAUGUGUGCAUAAUUAGUGCAGGUUAAGGAAAGUAAUUAAAAAUAAAUUUAUUUAUUUGUUCUGAUUUACAGAAUAUAUAAUGUGUCUGGAAUUUUAAGUUUUUUUUGGUAGUUACAGGUCACAAAGCACAAGGAGUAAAAUAAACUUUUAAUGUGGAGCGAUUUUAGAAUUUGGUAUGUUUGUCUUGUAAGCUUAAUAGCCAUAAAAGAAAACAAAAUUGCCACACAAGUAUAUAUUUAUAUAAAGUAGACAUCACAGGCUAUUUACCUAAGGUUAUUUUGACACUUUCUACGUAGCCAUUUCACCGCCAACCUCUGCUAAAUAUUGGAGUAAAAUUGUGUUCUUUUUGGUUUUUGGCACACAAACUUAUAACAGAGAAAUUCUCGUGUAUAUUUUGUAAAGUUGGUGUGUGCUAUUCCUGUACAAAGUUUUAUUUUGUGUUCAGUUACAUCUGCUGAGUAAAAUGACACCCCCAUUGUAUGUCUUUUGCACUAUUUCGUGAAGUUACAGUGCCAUACAGGAUACCUGUCCUUUUCAGUAUUCACAGUAGAAUUUUGAGAGAUGGAUUUAAUGAGCCUUAGCUUCCAUUUUGGGGUAUUAUAACAGUUUGGCUGUUCAAAAAACCCCCCACAAAGGCCUACCAUUUGUAAAAGUAGACACUCCAGGGUAUCUUAUAAGGUGCAUAUUGUGCCUUAACAUGCCCCCAUUUUUUCACCAAUAUAUGCCAAAGUAUGUGGUAAAAAAUAAUUUUGUGCAUUUUUUACAUACGGAUUGCAUUUUUGCUGGGCAUUUUGUAUAUUUCAUAUGUUCCACUAAGUUCAAACCCCCAAAUUAUGCUCAGCUAAGUCUUCUGAGUAAAAUGACACCCCAUAUGAAUGUCUUUGGCACUAUUUCGUGAAGCUACAGUGCCAUAUAGCAGACCAAGCCAUAUCCGUUUUUACCAAACUUUGAAUUUUGACGCUGGGCCUAUGUGCAAUUUCCAAGCAUCUUCGCAGGUUUUAAAUUCAAACUACCCCACAAAGGCCUACCAUUUCUUAAAGUAGACACCCCAGGGUGUUUCAAAAGGUAUAGUUUGAACCUUAGCGUGGGGAUCAUUUUUCCGCUAGCUUGUACCAGAUGUAGUGGUAAUAAGCGUUUUUUCUGCCUUUUUGACAUACAAAGUGAGUUUGCACAGUAUAUUUUGCAAACCUUAUGUGUGCUACGACUGUAUAAUACUUCAUAUGUUGCUCAGCUAUGUCGGCUGAGUACAGCAAUACCCCGUAUGUACCUUUGCCAGGUAUAUGUGGAUGUUGAAGGGGCGCAUUUGAGACGCAGCCAUUCAGUUUUUUUCUAACUUUGAAGUUUUACGCUGUGUCCAUGUUCCAAUUUGGAGUAGUUUAGAUGGUUGGUUAUUGAAACUUCCCCACAAACACAUACUAUUUAUUAAAGAAUACACCCUGGGGUAAUUCAAAAGGCAUAUUUUGAACCUUGGCGUGGGAUAAUUUUUUCUCUAGUUUGCUCCAGGUGUAGUGGUAAUGAGCGUUUUUAAAAUGUAUUUUUUUACUUUUUAUAACUUUUUUACUUUAAAAACUAGUUUUUAAACUUUUGUUUUGCUUAUAAAUUUUUUUUAAACUUUCCUAAACUUUCUUAAAACUUUUUUACAGAUUUAACAUUUUUCUAAGCUAUUUUUUUUACUGUUAACCCCCAACUAGCAGUACGCAGCACUAACAGUAAAUUCCCCAUUUUCCCAUAACUCCCACCCACCCCAGCUAGCAAAAUAUAUAGUUAUAAAAUAUUUAAAUUAAUUAAUUAAAUAAAUUGAACCCCUGAGGGUUAAAAAAAAGUUAAUCCUCAGGGGUUAAAAAAAAUUAGAUCACAGUAUAAUACUGUGAUCUCUAUUUGAUCGCUGUAGGCAGUGAUCGACUGGCAGGGAAGGGGUUAAUUUUUAUUUGGACUAGGUAAAGUGUGUUUUUUUGUUUUUUUACUUAAAUGUUAUUAAAACAUUUUUUAAGCUUAAUUUUUAACUUUUUAAAGUUUCUUUUAAAACUUUUUUUUAACGUUAACCCCUAGUUAGCCUAACGCCAAAUCCCCCAAUUCCCCACUAACUUCCACCCACCCCAGCUAUCUAAAUAUAUAAUUAAAAAAAAAUUAAUUAAUUAAUUUAAUUAAUUUAACCCCUGAGGGUUAAAAAAAAAAAGAAUUAACCCUCAGGGGUUAAAAAAAAAAUCAGAUCAUAGUAAAAUGGAAUCCCUGCCAAUUGAUCACUGUAGUCAGUGAUCAAUUGGCAGGGAAGGGGUUAAUUUUUUAUUAAAAUGGGUAAGGGGGGGGACACUUUAAAUAAACUUUAUUUUUUUUUCCAGCAGGGGGCAGGAUCAGCACUGAUCCGGCUCCCUGCACUUCACACAGAACCCGGAAGUGCAGGGAGCCGGUAGGUAAGUAUGCAGAGCACAUGUGCUCGCUCCGACUUGUGGUCAGAGCGAGCACAUGUGCUGGGCAGUCUGACCGGGUGCUCCCGGUAUGCCUCCAAUGCGGAGGCAUACCGGGAGCACCAUUAACCCCGCGAUUGCCGCGAUAGCGGCGAUCCGGGGUUAAUUUUACCGCGUGACGGACGAGGUCCGUCACCCGUCGUUAAGGGUCUCCCCUGUGUGACGGACCUCGUCCGUCACCCGUCCUGAAGGGGUUAAUCAAUACUUCAAUAUUACACCUUGGAGAAUGGCUGUGAACCUUUAUUAUGGAUUUCAUAAUUUUACAACCAAACCGAAAUAUUAACAAUUAAAACAUUCCAAGGCUUUGCCCCCCACCAAAGCCAGGAGCCAUAAAUAUAGAUCAUAAAGCCAAUUUUAUAAACCAAAUCCACCCUCCUGUGAUGCCCAUGAGGGCGAAUUGUAUCCCAUAAUAAGGUCACGCCAAGAAGGGAAGGUGGAUGGGAGCAGUAGCUCCGUUCUAUUUCAAAACUGAUUUGGCGCCUUUAAAUUUAUACUCAUUUUUCCGCUGCUGUUUAUCUCGUGCUGUGAUCCUGCUCCGCUAAUAGCGAGUACUGUCCUGCACCUAACCCGCAGUAUGCUCUGCUGCUACCCAACAGCCUCUGCUCCAUCAAACCUCACGAGGCUUGCUCCUUAUGCAGUCCGCAUGCCUGACAUUACUCGCAACUGUGAGAGAAAAUGUCACCUAGAGAUAAAACCGUAUCCUUGAAUAAAAAUAACUGAUACUAUAACAUCGAAACAUGAUGAGAAAAUAAAAUACUUUUAAUUUUUUUUAAUCACUUUUUUCAAUGUUUCUUGUUGCAUAGUAUCAGUUACUUCGAGGAUACUUUUCAUCUCCAGAUAACUUUUUUCCUCUCUGUGAGUAAUUGUUGUCUCUUCUUCUUUCCUAUUGUAGCAUUGGAAUUGCGGGUCGAUCAGUUGGCUAAUAAAAAGCUGCUCUAUAAAUGUGAUUACAUGUGUAGUGUGGGUCAUUGACACCUACAUAUUGGGAUAAAAGCAUGUCUUAUCCCCAGUAAGAAAAAUCAGACUCUCUCAUGCUUUGGGGUGGGUUUUAAAAAAAAAAAAAAAUUAUGUAUGUAUGUAUCCAUAAGGGGAACAACAAUCAGUAGAUGGCAUAUCAUUUUUGAACUUUUGAAGAACUCUCUCCUUGUCUACCUGGGCAGUUUAUUUACCUGCUUGGAUGGUUUGUGUAGAAGUUGUCAGUCCACAACAUGACCCUUAUGGUAAUUCCUUACAGGCUGCUUUACCAUUCAUUUUAAAGGAGUGAUGGUCUAGUUUGUUUAGGGGAAAAACAGGCAUUCUGUAAAACAACUUUUUUGUAAUAUUUCAAAAUUGUUUCUUUACAUAAUGUCUACUGCAUUUAUUUUGGCCUUAUUUUUGGUGGUUUUAGAAUGCGUGGGGGAACUGGUUUCCCACUUGAAAAAUUUUAAUCUGUGACAACUUUGUGCAAACUUUUAUUACCCUCUUCCAAAACACAGAUUUGGUAAAGGAAGCUGGCUUAUUUUAAACUCCAUUUUGUUUGUUUUUUAGGUAUAAGAUGACUUUCCCCCUUUUUUUUUUUUUGAGGAUGAUAAAUUUGGAUUUUUAAGACUAGAUUUCUUUUAUUCUGGAUUAGUUUGAGGGGUAUGCAAGGGACUUUUGUUUGUGUCUGACCAUUAUGGAUUGUGCACACGGGUUGCCAUGGCCUAAUGCCAAAGUGAUUGACUCAGGGGAAAACUGUUGUAUCAAUUCACAUUUUAUUUGCCAUCAAAUCAAUUUGAGUUCAUACCAGUUCAAUCUCCAGGUGGUUUAUUAGUAUGGUUGUAAAGAAUUUUGCAUUUUAUUUGGCUUCAAUCUCCCAAUCUCAAAGCUCUAGAGCAGGGGUCCUCAAACUCCGGCCCCCCAGAUGUUGCUGAACUACAACUCCCAUGAUUCUCUGGCUAUCUAUGUAAUUCAAAGAAUCAUGGGAGUUGUAGUUCCGCAACAUCUGGAGGGCCACAGUUUGAGGACCCCUGCUCUAGAGGGCGAGAAGAAACGUGAACCAGGCUCUAUUGAAAUUCUUGCCUUCUCUAGGCAGAUUUUUCUUUCUGCUAUUUGGAGCUAGAAGGUGGACGUGAGGGCCUUGGAGACGUGGGAUUCAUAUCCCUGAUCUAGAUUUAGAAGUCUUCAACGAUUCCCAAGCCAUUAUUGAAGGCUGUGGUUAUUACGACUGUGGCCUCACGUGGAUUGCGAUCAGAAUGCGGAACUUUGAAUGUCUUGUCUGCCUAAAUAAAUGUAGUGGUAACUUUUUAUACAUGGUGUUGUACAGGUUAUUAAAAGCCAACCAUGUUGUGGUAUUCCAGGGAUGUGUUAUGAUUGCUUGUAAAGUUCUGUAAAUUUACUUUAAGUUAAAUAUCUUUUAAAAAUCCCUUGCAAUCAAGACCACAGCCCUUAUCAUUCUAUUUAAUACUUUGAGAUGCAUGUUUAAGUUUCCUUUCCAUAACACAUCUGUACUGUAUGGUAGCUGUUUUCAUGCAAGAGAGAAUUCAGUCCAUAUGGAUCACUGUUGGCUUUGCCAUGUAAUCUAUAUCUGCUGCGACAAGUGAACUUACUUAUAACUAGGCUAAUUACUUUCCGUUUCAGGCCCAUAACAUCUUAAAUCCAGCCAGGCUAUUAUGGUUAUACACUGAAUGGGGCAGGGGAGGUUGUAGCAAGUUAAUGAUUUUCAACAAUGCAGUGUUUUUUUCCCUCUUCCCCUGAAUACAAAAACUGCAGAUCUAAGGUUUCUUUAGGCCUUGCUGCUCCAAGUGACAUUGUCACGGAAUCAGUCAUGUUCCUGCUGACUAUGCAACAUCAUUAAAUGGCUGUUCUAAGCACCACAGUAAAUUGGCCAAUGGUGGCGUUUAGACCAUCUGAACUGGACCGGAUCAGAACAGACUGCUGUACUGGUUCUGAUGCCAACAUGUCCUUAACAUGUCCGAGCCAAGGAACAUCUUUCCUUGGCUCGGUCUGAGCAGUUUGAUACAGAGGGUAUAUUGUCUAAUAUUUAGCUCCAAUUCAUUCCAUGAGCAGGAAGUUGACAGAAGUCACUCUCUGGUCAGUGUGGAGCACUCCAACCAUGAUCCUCUAUGUUCCAACAUGUUUCUAUAGGACGGCGGCAUUGUUAUUAUUACAAUGUAAUAAAGGCUACAUAAUGCUUUGGUGUUAAGCACAGUCUAUGAUGCUACAAACUAAACUCUACUCUUGUUUAUCAGCUCUGAAUAGACUGUCCUUGGGGCCCCAAGCAGGAAUGUGGCCUUGCUAACCCCUGUGCUGCUGGUGUUGUGUGUCACCAAACAGACUGUAUGGGUCAGAAUGUUUUGGGGUUUUAUAGAUUGUACAGCAGGGAUGGCCAAAUGUAACUCUGGCCAUGAUUGUAAAUCUACAAGGUGCAAUAAUUACUCAGGUGGGGGGGGGCAGGAUGGGGGUGUUCAAAGUAAAACAUUGUACUACCUGGGCCACCAUGUUAGAAACCCUAAUUGGUGAAUCCCAGAAUGGCCAUAUGGGGUGAUGACACCAGCUCCUCCCUCCAGGUCCCCCGCCCUACCUUGGGACUGUAGAUUGAGAUCUCAUUGUUUAAACAAGGGAUUUCAGCAGAUCUAUGUAGUUACAUUGUAUAACUCCCUAUUCUGAUUUAUGUAUCAAUUUACUGUCUCUACUGCUGUUGCUAUUAAUGGUGUUCUAGCAAGUCUUGUGAUAUAAAACCUGCCCUAUAAAUGGGGGAGAAUUGGAACUGUUAUCGGUUAUCUCUGCUUUGUGGGAUUAUUCAUUACUUGUUUAGACUGAUUUUAAUUUUAAGAGUGCUAGUUAUUCAUAAAUGGUGAAUAAAAUUCUCCUCUCUGUUGUGCGGCUGGUAGGUGAAGCCUGCUGAUCUGAGGAGCUUGCAAUCUAUGGGAUUGUCUCCACAUCCUGCAGUGACAGCUUGGAAUAUAGAGUAUUUAUUAUUUUGUUAGCUUGGCUGGUUCUCCUGUCCCUCCCACCCUUUGGCUGAGUCUGAUUUGGGGGGUGGAGGGAGGGAGGAGGCAGAGUCCCCCAGUGUACACUCUCACUGCAGGCUCCCUUUGGCUGGGCUGCCCUGCUCACAGCACGCGCUGAGCACACACUCAGCACACCGGGUCAGGUGACCUUCCCUGGUCAUAGGGAGCCCGGGCACAGCGCCGACCAUGCAUUCUGAGGCAGACCAGGCGGCCGCAGCGCACACAGAGCCACCGGGAAGGAGCCCCAGGCAGCAGAUGGCAGACAGGCUGAGAGAGCUCACCCAGACACGGCUGCAGAAGAUAUGGAUCCCCCAACAGUGCGAGAGACUGCAGCAGAGGAGAGGAUGUGAGUCAUAGGGGGACAGUGACUGCUGCCCUUUGCACCCCAGGGGUUUCUUAACUACAAUUCCCAUAAUGCAUUAAAGCUGUCUGGGCAUUGUGAUGAGGGUAGUUCAUGGUUAACCAUCAAUGGUGGCUACUAACUAUAUUGUGGACUAAUGAUUAACAUGUUGGAGGUGGCUGUGGAUAGUGGGAGUUGUAGUCCCAAACUGUUGGCGUGCCAGUUAACUUUCUGUGCUGUAGGUGCACACAAUGUAAUCUGUUUUGUUCUGAGCUUCCUUUACUGUGGGAAAAGAGCCUGGGAACCUGGCAGGACUCCAUACUGACAGCAUUAUCCUGCUCAGCUCAUACUGAACACUGCUCUCAUGCAAGAUCACUCAUAAAUUCCUAUAUACAUGACUGCACCCCUGACAGUUAAACACUUUCUUGAUAACUGCAAGGCCUUGAUUAAAAUGAUUGUAUUAAUUAUAAUUCGGAUUGAAUAUUUAAUGUUCUAGACUAGUAGUAGCCUUUGGCACUCCAGAUGUGGACUACAUCCCCCUGAUGCUUUGCCAGCUGUAAGAUCAUGUUGGUAGAUGUAGUCCACCUCUUCUGGAGUGCAGAGAGGCUGCCUACCCCUGCUCUAGACUGUAAACUGUCUGGGACAGGGUCUCAAACUGCAGGAAUAUUUAAAUAAUCCUAUCGCAGUUUAUCAAAUUGGCAUGAAUUGUUUACUGUUCUAACUUGGAUCAUCUGGCAACAAUGUGGGGCUGUGCGGUUUGUUUGUAUGUGUGUUGUGUACAAUUCUAUGUUUGUAAAUUUUGUAAAACAAACCGGAUUACUUGGUAAGAAUGUCAUAUGAAAUGCAACCUUUUAAAAGAAUAAACAUUGUGGUAUAUGUUGCGCGUAAACAAGAGUAAAGACUUGGUUUGCAUGAGUGUCCAGAAACUCCAAACCUCUCCCACUAAACAUGACCAGUCUGUGCCUCCAAAAAAACCUGGGAACUGGCAAGGACCUGAAGGCCAUGACUAGAGGCGCCUAAACUUUGCAAGAAAAACACAAUGUAAUAAUUGCAGACCUUGCCAUAAAAGGUUUAUCAAUAUCCUAGAUUAUGUCUCAUAGCUGUCCAAUGUACUGACCCUGGAAGUAGAGCUGCACAACCGCUGCUUUAACUUGAAAUGUAUUUUAUACUACUGAUCAAAAUUAACAUUGAUCAUCGAACUUUGCUGUUGAAGUAUUAAUUUGGUAAUUAACCCAGCCUAGGCUUCAAUGAAAACUUUCAUUAUGCCUGAAGUGUACAGUUACCUCCUAUACCCAGAGCAGCAGGACACGUCCAAGGGAAUAUCUCAACGUUUUCUCUUAUCUGGUGUGCAGUUCUGAUCCAUAAAGUCCUUAUUGGCUUUUAAUAUCUGUUGCUUCAGGAAUCCUGUAUUAAUGGUUCAGCAACCUGUGUGCACACGCCUUGUCUUCAUCUAGAAUUCCUGUCUGUUUCAGCAUCCAUCCCCCAGUUCACCAACUCUCCCACUAUGGUGAUAAUGGUUGGACUUCCUGCCCGUGGGAAAACCUACAUCUCCAAAAAACUGACUCGCUACCUCAACUGGAUCGGAACACCCACUAAAGGUAAGGGGUACGCAACCUGUAUUAGGAUAUAUGCAUAGAACUGGUGUUGGCAAAACUGCACCCAAGACACUCCUUCCAACACUAAAAGAAAUAUACACUGAGGUAGUACCAGCCGUCUCUGAAGGUUUAUUUUUUUUUUGUUACACUAUUGGCAGACAAAACAUUUCUGCCUGACUGGUUUUAGAUAGUAAAGUGAAGGCAGUAUAGAAUUCACCAUAGUCUUGCAAUCUAGUAACGUUAACAUAGAAUGGUGCCACCUGUCUGGACUCCCUGACUCUCACUUGUACUAAAAAACUGUUUACAGAGGAUAAAUAACUGACAUAUUUUGGCCAAUCACUGCAGAGACUGGGUUGUAACACAGGUUAGUGACCUAAUCUCUUCAAACAUUAACUGCAGAUAAGUUUAAAUAUAGAUUCUAGUGUAGAGUAGGCAAAGCAUUGCUUGUCUCAGACUUGGUCAAUUUUUGUAUAAAACCACUUUCAGCUGGCGUCAAAGUUCUGUGACUUUAGAAACUUGCAGUUCUGCCCUAUUGAGCCUACACCUUUAGCCUGGUUCACUGUUUAGUGAUCUAAGCAGUAUUAAAUGGACACUCCACUUGUAUAAAGCAUUUUUAGCUUGCUAAGGUGCUUUGGGCAAAUGGUGGGUCUUUUUAUUUUUGGGUAAAAAUAAAUCUUUUAAAAAAGGGUGGGGGUUCAAUUUCAGUAGAAACUGUCAAUUUUGCCAAUUAACCUUGUUGCUCCCCCUGGCUGUCAGACAACCGGUCCUAUUAAUUCCUGGUUAAACUCCUGAGGCAGCAACUACUCACCCCCCUCCUCUCAUUGGAGUGUUCCUUUAAAGGCAUACUAGUGCCAAAAAUACAAACCUACAGAUCCCUGGCCCUCCUCAGAUCGCUCUGAAAUAAGUUUUAUUCUGGGUUUUUUGGUUUUCCCCCACACUGGCUGGCUCUGCCUCAAUUGUUAUCAAUCUGUAUGAUCCUGGGCAGUCCAGUGACUUCCCAUAGAAAAGCAUUGGGAGGCUAUUGACUAUGUGCAGCAAAACGCCAUGCUGUACCAAUCAGCAUCUCGUCAUAGAGGAGCACUGACACAAAGUGCCUCUAGUGGCCGUCUGAGUAACUGCCGCUAGAUGUGUUACUAGGCAGAGUUUGCAUUGAAGUCUGCAGGGACAGGCUAUAGACACCAGAAUCAUGGCAUUAAACUCUAAUGCUUUUGGUGACUACAGGGUCCCUUUAAGCCAUUGGUGAGUUUCCAGCUCUGGGUUCGUAUAUCUGUUUGCAUGGUUUUUUUUUUUUGGUUUUUUUUUUUAUGUAAUAUGAAAGGUGUGCUUGGAGAUUUUCUAUGUGACUUGGACCUGUAGGGGAACGGGUUAUUUUGCUUAUUUAGCACUUGGAAGGCUGCAUGCGAAGCACACAAAUUCACAAUUUUGUAUGUAAAUAGUAAAAUAUAUAUUUUUUAUUUUUUUGUAUGUCUACCAUCCACCUUCAGCUAUGCUGUCAAUUAGCUAGCCAAAACUAAAUGGCUUAGACCUGACAGAUUAUAAAGUUAUACUGCAGUGUUUUAAAAUAGAAUGUAACUUUCCUGAAUUCCAUGUUCCAAUGACAUGGAACAUUAUUAAACUCUUUAACAAUGUAGUUAUCACUCCAAUUACUGUCAAUUAGUUUAUAUUGAGAUGUCCCUGAUUAACAUUGUUACCAAGGCUCCUAAGGUUAAGAGCUGUUUGCCAUGUGCUCUGACCCAGUUUUACAUGAGCAGUAUAAUCAAUGGGUACAAAUUAGGCUUGCAUAAAAUGAGGCAAUCAGAGCAACUUAACUGCUAAUUUAACUUUCUCUGUUCCCCCUCAGUGUUUAAUGUGGGUCAGUACCGCCGUGAAGCUGUGCAGACUUACAAAAACUACGAGUUUUUCCGUCCUGAUAACGAAGAAGCAAUGAAGAUCCGCAAGUGAGUCUUCACUUAUGUGCAGUCUCUUAUCUGACUGUUUACUUGCUGUAAGUUAACAUACUUAUUAUCUAAUGUGUAGACUCUGGUAAAAAGACAAACCUGUAUCUUAAAAGACCACAGUUGGUCGAUAGAUCUCUUCAAACACUUACUGUAACAUCUCAAUUGUGGCUUCUUGCUUGAUAUAUAUCAAGGGAUAACAAAUGUUUGGUCCCCACUAAAGGGGCUCUCUAGGCACUGUGUACCAAGAAAACUAACACUGGGCCAAAACCAAUUGGGUGCACAAAACUCUUCACCAAAUUUAAAAAGCUCUCUAGCUUUCCUUAAAGGACCACUAAAGGUUGUGUGUUUGUGUGUGUUUAUUUUAUUUUUUAUUUUUUUUUGCUCUAUUGCAGUGUUAACAUACCUCUAGUGGCUGGCUAUUCCGUUGAGAAUCUAGUCAAACAAGGUUCUCAAUCCAAUGCUGUGUAGCAUUUAACUGGCACAGUGUAGUAAUUUGCUGUAAAAAAUAAAUAAAAAAAAAAAAAUGCUGGUACAACCGAUACCUGUUCGUCUGUUUCCUCCCGAACUGCCAGAGCAUGAGUUAUUAUAGCUCGCAGUUCGGGUAUUGAAGUGAACGGUUCUCCAUACAAAAUAACAGCCUCCCAAGUAGAUUCUCCCACUAAAGCAGACAGGUACCCAAGCCUCGGCUGAAACUAGAUGAAGGGUGUAACAGGACUGAAUUUUAAUGGUGCCACACUGGCUUUUACGUGGACCUUGUGGGGGACAGAGACACAAAGCAUACAGCCAAUAAUAAUGCAGGGGAAAACUCUGACACUCCCAGUACAAACAUACAAUCCCCUCCUCUGUGCCUGGAGAUAAUUGGGUCAGAUAAAGUAAUAACAUAACUAUCUCCAGGCAGAAUUUACAAUUUCCCCAAAACUUGAAAUGUGUACCCUAAAACACACAAUAUUCCCACAAAUGCCCUGAUCUGGGUGACCAACAUAUCCAAAAAUCGCCCAGAUCAGUUCAGGGGUUUUGGAAUUCUAUGGAAGUCUUAGGUGACUGGCCGCACACGAGGCUCCUGCCCAAAACGGUUCCUUAAGUUUCAGUGGUUUGGCCAGUCUAUUUAGUAAAGUCUGAAAAACCGAACAAAUGCACAAAUUGCUCCCCCUGGCUCAUGGUAGUGAUUGUUCCCCUAGUUCUUGGGAACAAAACUACUGAACAGAGCUCUCCUAACUGUUUGGGAAAAGGAAGCAGGCAUUUGGACUGGUGUUUGGGAAGUAGAGUAUCUGAUUUUUAGUUCCAGACACUCAACGACAAAGUCCUGCUGCCUCCUUUCGUGCAAACUAGAUGGCCGCCGUUUUCUCAUGCACGUGGCAUUCGCCUAUAUGAACAGCAGCAACACAAGGAGAGGGCUUAAACGACUUAUCUUUGAAGUUAGCGAGCCAGGGCGCUGGCCGGUGUUCGGUAGUUACAGCUACCAAAUGGAAUAAAGUAAAAAGCAAAAUAACUUGGUGGUUUCUUCACAAUUGCAAAUUGCACUGAUCCCGAUGCAUCCCUAUAGGGAAGCAUUGGAUUGGCUGAGAUCAUCCAGAUCUCUGCCAAGGAGUUGGGACCAACAGCAUGGCAGAGAGGGGGAAGUAGAUCUUGCCUAUCAAGUAAGCAAAGGGGCAGACACCUAAACAUCUACAGGGCACUUGACAUUGUGAAAACAAGUUUCUAUUAAUUUUAGUGUUCCUUUUUAAGAACUGUGCAGCUUUUUGCAGUGUAACCCAUCAUUGGCCAUACCCACUUCUUACAAAGCAACUUCUUAAUUGGAUCUACUCUUGAGUAGACACCUGAUUGUCCCACAACAAAUGACUUGUCUAACGAUAUAAUCUGUACUUUGUAGGCAAUGUGCCCUCAAUGCUUUGAAAGAUGUCAAGACUUACCUGUUGGAGGAGGGAGGCCACGUGGCGGUAAGAUCUGCCAUCUUACCUGUGUACUGUUUCCAGAUCUGUUUGUGGGGUACAUGCAUAAGCUCACUUGACCCAAAAUGUAUGAAGUCUGCUUUUCACACACAUUGGCUGUCCAGCUCUUUAAAUGGAGUACACCUUAGAACUCGUCUUGUAUAAAAUAAGAUGGCACGUUGGAGUUCACUCUAUUGACACCUUUCACAAACCUUCCCAUACAACCAAAAUAGUGUGUGUGUGUGUGUGUAUAUAUAGUUGCAAGAAAAAUUAUGUGAACCCUUUGGAAUGAUAUAGAUUUCUGCACAAAUUGGUCAUAAAAUGUGAUCUGAUCAUCGUCUAAGUCACAACAAUAGACAAUCAGUCUGCUUAAACUAAUAACACACAAAGAAUGAAAUGUUGCCAUGUUUUUAUUGAACACACCAUGUAAACAUUCACAGUGCCGGUGGAAAAAGUAUGUGAACCCCUAGACUAAUGACAUCUCCAAGACCUAUUUGGAGUGAGAUAUCAGUACUGGAGUCCAAUCAAUGAGAUUGGAGGUGUUGAUUACAGCUACCCUACCCUAUAAAAAACACACUCCAGUUCUGGGUUUGCUUUUCACAAGAAGCAUUGCUUGAUGUGAAUGAUGCCUCGCACAAAAGAGCUCUCAGAAGACCUACGAUUAAGAAUUGUUGACUUGCAUAAAGCUGGAAAGGGUUAUAAAAGUAUCUCCAAAAGCCAUGCUGUUCAUCAGUCCAUGGUAAGACAAAUUGUCUAUAAAUGGAGAAAGCUCAGCACUGCUGCUACUCUCCCUAGGAGUGGCCGUCCUGUAAAGAUGAUUCAAUGAGGUGAAGAAUCCUAGAGUGUCAGCUAAAGACUUACAAAAGUCACUGGCAAAUGCUAACAUCCCUGUUAGCGACUCUACCAUACGUAAAACACUAAACAAGAAUGGAUUUCAUGGGAGGAUACCACAGAGGAAGCCACUGCUGUCCAAACAAAACAUUGCUGCACAUUUACAGUUUGCACAAGAGCACCUGGAUGUUCCACAGCAGUACUGGCAAAAUAUUCUGUGGACAGAUGAAACCAAAGUUGAGUUGUUUGGAAGAAACACACAAUACUAUGUGUGGCGAAAAAAAGGCACAGCACACCAACAUGAAAACCUCAUCCCAAUUGUGAAGUAUGGUGGUGGGGUCAUCAUGGUUUGGGGCUGCUUUGCUACGUCAGGGCCUGGACGGAUUGCUAUCAUUGAAGGAAAAAUGAAUUUCCAAGUUUAUCAAGACCUUUUGCAGGAGAACAUAAGGCCAUCUGUCUACCAGCUGAAGCUCAACAGAAGAUGGGUGUUGCAACAGGACAAUGACCCAAAGCAUAGAAGUAAAUCAACAGACUGGCUUAAACAGAAGAAAAUACGCCUUCUGAAGUGGCCCAGUCAGAGUCCUGACCUCAACCCAAUUGAGAUGCUGUGGCAUGACCUCAAGAAAGCAAUUCACACCAGACAUCCCAAGAAUAUUGCUGAACUGAAACAGUUCUGUAAAGAGAAAUGGUCAAGAAUUACUCCUGACCGUUGUGCACGUCUGAUCUGCAACUACAGGAAACGUUUGGUUGAAGUUAUUGCUGCCAAAGGAGGUUCAACCAGUUAUUAAAUCCAAGGGUUCAUACUUUUUCCACCUGCACUGUGAAUGUUUACAUGGUGUGUUCAAUAAAAACAUGGCAACAUUUCAUUCUUUGGUUAUUAGUUUAAGCAGACUGUGAUUGUCUAUUGUGACUUAGAUGAUCGGAUCACAUUUUUAUGACCAAUUUGUGCCGAAAUCCAUAUCAUUCCAAAGGGUUCACAUACACGUGUGUGUGUGUGUGUGUAAUAAUUGAAGGGGUAUCUACUGGUGCAGGACUGAUUUGCAGACCACAGCAAAGAUCAUUUGUUGGGUUCCCAUGUCGAAAUGUAGACGCUUACUUUUUCAGGUCACAACUGAGGCAGUCAAUUAGAAACGAAUAUAACUUUUCCACUUGUCUUAAAAGUCCCUAUUUGGCACCAGAAAUGGUGGGCCAGACUCUACUGAAUUCCUAUGUUUUGGGCAGUCAUUAAAUUAGCCAUCCCAUUCUUUGAAUUUCAUCAUUAAAUGUCCUACAGGAGUGAAUUUCUGAUCUGCAAAGGUCAUUCUAAUAUGAUGCAGAGCUUUUAUUCUUAAGCAGUGUAGUCUCUUAUGAGAAAGCAAUGCUUGUUUGAACAGAAUGCAAAAAUAGCAUAGUUCUUCAUGGAGAAGAAAGUAUUCUGGCUGAAUCUUAUUGCAUUCUUGUCUGAAUGCACACAGAUCAUCCAUAAUCAGGUCUAAAAGGUUCAGCCUGUAUGCAAAUCUUGGGAAGAACGAAGUGAAGAAUGUGUUUCAAGCUAAACACUUUGUGGCCUCUAAAGAAACCUUGGCUAGAUAACAAGCCAAUCUGAAAUGCACUCAAAUAUGCCAUCUUAUGUUCUACAAACCUACCCAAAUACCAAUCUGAUAUUGGGGAAUUGGACAAGCCACCUGGACACUCCUCAUGGUAGUGUGGUGAAGCGUUGGCCAUGCACUAGAUGUAGAAAUCCAGCUAAUGGAAUGUCUAGCAGGGGAAAUUAACUGUAUCUCUCUCUCUCAAGGGUGAUUGUCCAAUCUGUAACCAAAAGGGAACCAUGCAGCUCUAAAAACUAAAUUAGAAUUUAUCCAAGCUAUUGCAGUCUCGGAAUUGCUUAUCAUGGACCCUCCCUCCAUAUAUACCAUAAGAGAACGUGUACAGUACCCUUAUGGAAAGAUGCAGAGAAAAUAAACCAUCUGUGUAUCCGACUAGGCCUUGCCUCAAUAUUUUAACCGGUAGCUGUCCCUAAAAGGGUGUGAAGGUGGUAUAAAGAAAUGUCAGGAUAAAAGUGUUAAGCUAGGAUUAACUUGCAAAUGUAGUGGUUAGUGACAUGUCUAGCAUCUCCAAUAGAUAUGUGGGUCUGAUAUCUUGCAGCAUAGACCACUUAUAGACUUGUAGAAAUAGGAAUUAAAUUAUUUAUUUAUAUAUACCGGUAUAUUUAUUUAUUUUUUGCAAAAAAAACUUAGAGGUUUUUAUUUUAUCUUCCUCCAUUGCAGGUGUUUGAUGCCACAAACACCACAAGAGAGAGACGAUCUAUGAUUCUGCAGUUUGCUCGGGAGAAUGGAUUCAAGGUAUCGAUAUAUACUGUCUGGUAAUAAGGGUAGUGCUUGGGGGGGAAAAUGGCUAAAACAUGCUGCUUCUUACUCUUCUCGGGCCUUCUUCCAUAAACACUUGUUUUUUUUUUUUUUUGUUUAUUACAAAGGUAUUUUUCAUCGAGUCUGUAUGUGAUGACCCUGGUAUAAUUGCUGAAAAUAUCAUGGUAAGGAUUUUUGGAAACCAUGAGUUUCUUGUUGCUGUGUGUGACAUAUUUUAAGUCUCUAAAGGUGUAUCAUCCCCCACAGCAAGUGAAACUGUCCAGCCCUGACUAUAAGGACUGUGAUCGCGAGAAAGUGGUGGAAGACUUUCUGAAGAGGAUUGACUGUUAUCAGAUCACUUACGAGCCUCUACAUGAGGAACACGACAGGUAUCAAACAUCCAGAGUUGUAGAAGUUAAGACUUGCACUUUUUAAACUUGUUUUAAAACACAGUAUUGGAAAAACAAUUUUAGCAUGGCAACAUCAAUCAUGCAGGGUACUUUUUUUACUAUUUAAAAAAAAUAAAUAAAAAAAUUAUAUUCUGUACAAGGUAAUUCCGUACAUGAGAACUAGUUUGCAUAAACUGAUGGACUUGCCUUGUUUGGCAGUUAGAUUAUCUCAAGGUAUCCAGUGUUUACACAAUCCUCUAAAUGACUGGGUCACUUUGUUUGUAUUCACAGUCCAUGCAUCACAGGACACUUUACUUUGAGAAUCUCCCUAUCACUUUAGUAAAUAGCUUGUGUUUAUCAGCUGAGUUAAUAAACCUCUCACCAUUCCAAUGAUGGUAACAUGUUUGCAAAUAGCUGUCAUUUAAUUUCCCCCCACCCAGCAGUACAAGAGCUACUCAUUCCAGGUUAAGAACUGGCCGCUAGCCAGCUAGGGCUGGAUUAUAAAGGAUGGGGGAUGAGUUAAUCCCCCUCCUUGUUAUAUUUCCCUGCUCCUGCAUCUAAUUCCAUAACCUUUCACGCCUCAUCCGAUACUGGAUGCAAAGCAAGACUGCGUUCUGGAUCACUAGACUCAAAGUAAAGCGUAAGUUGCUACGAUGUGUGAUUAUAUCAGACUAUUGAUCUGUUUAGAUAUUACUUGCGUUGACCGGAUAAUUGUGUGUGUGUGAGAUUUUAUUUUGAGCAAGGGCUCUGGACCGAAUUAAUAAAAUCCUAAAAUACCAUCUAAUCUGGAAUGUUAUUAAAGUCUGGACUCUGUUUUUACCAAUUACCAAAAUGCAUACUUUGAAACCUCUUUCAUUGUUUGAAUUACUUUAAGUUGAAAAUCUUGUGUUGUGUGACCACCUAAAUGGCAGAGAAUUUGGCAGUGAGACUGCAUGGGCAUGAUUGCUACGCCAAAACCACUUGGACUAACAUUUUGAUUUUAAUAGUUUUGCACCAGUAGUCAAUUUCUGAGUUUGGUGGUGCUUACUGACAUUUAAUGUUGUUGGAUAUUCGACAGUUUUUUGUUUUUUUUUAGUUGUGUGUUUUUUUUUUGUUUUUUUUUUUACCUAUUGUGUUGAGUAUACUACUCGUACUGCUGUUGAAUAAACACUGUCCUAACCAGCUCUCCAGAUCACGAUUUGAGUAAUGUAGAUUCUGCUUGGUUACAAUGAGCUUUCCUAGCUUGUAUCAAAGUGCUCGCGGCAACAUUGUACUAUUAAUAUUGAUGCAUAAAGGUUGAACAUUACUCAAACUAAUCAGUAUAGAUCUGAAAGCACUGUAUUGCUCCUGGCUGAUAUGGGUUCCUCCCCCUCCCUUUUUAAUUCUGAUUACACUGCUAGAGCCAUUAGUCUUUCUGCCAUAAAUCUGUUAAAGACAAUUCUAGCUCUGGUUUAGAGACUAAUAGAAAGAUUCAUAUACUUUUAGCCGAGAAACUUUCUAUCGCAAGGUAGUGGAAAAUGGAGUUGGUGCCCUCCUGGCCAGCAGUUAAGGAACAAAUUAAAUAUCAACUGAAAAUGGAAGCUGGGUUAAAUAUAAAAUACCAGGAACGUUAUAACUCCUGGUUGGUGAAGUUAGAGGCUGUUGCUGACUUAUAGAUAGAUGUCCUGAAUCUCUCUGGGCCUAAGUUGAGAUUGACACUAUAUUAAGUGUGACCACAUAUGACCAUUUGAUGUUUUGUCUUGUUAUGUCCUUUUUGUAUGUGAGUUGUUUACAGUGAGAUCUUUAAACAACAUAGGGAUUUUACUAAAUGUAACUAUACCACUUCAUGCCUAUGUGGGUAAAAGUAAUGUUUACCGAUAUGUGUGUCUUACUGUACAUGUUAUAUAUGGGAUGUUCUGUUAAUUGUAUCUUCUUUUUUUUUUGUCAACUCUAUUGUGUUAAAAAAAAAGUGGAGCUGAUAUCUCCGAAUAAAGAUUAUAAAUUGGAAAAAAAAAAGAAAGAUUCAAUAAAGGGACACUAUAUAGUCACAGAACAGCUUAUUGAACUUGUUCUUGUGAGUAGAAUCCUUACCUUCAGGCUUUUUGCUGUAAACAUUGCCUUUUCAGAGAAAAUGCAGUGUUUACAUUACAGCCUAGUGAUAACUUCACUGGCCACUCCUCAGAUGGCUGUUAGAGAUCCUUCCUGGGUCAUGGCUGCAUAAAAUGCACCCAAACAUUCAGUGUCUCCUCCCUCUGCAUGCAGACACUGAACUUUCCUCAUAGAGAUACAUUGAUUCAAUUCAUCUCUGAGGAUAUGCUGAUUGGCCAGGGCUGUGUUUAAAUCAUGCUGGCUCUGCCCCGAUCUGCCUCUUUGUCAGUCUCAGCCAAUCCUAUGGGGAAGCACUGUGAUUGGAUCAGGCCACGACUUCUGGUGUCAGGAGUCAAUGGCCAGGUCUAUAGGAAACCAGGACAAUGCAAGCAGCUCCAGACUUGGGUGAAAAUAAGAUUUCUAUAUUUAGGGAGGCGUGAGGGGACCAGGGUGGCUAGAUGGUGUUUUUUAACCCUGUAGGGUUUAGGAAUACGUUUGGCUUUUCCUGACCCUAUAGUGCUCCUUUAAGUCCGUAUUCUGAAUGGGAGUAAAACCUUGCGUUUCAAUGUUACAAAAGUGUCCAGUCUUAACCUCUUCUGCUCCAGAUAAUAAGACCAUGCUCCUUUCAGAAAAGGCUGACCUGGGGACCAUUUGUUCAGUCUUAUUUAAUCUAUGGACCCUGCAAACAAAGCGUACCUACAUGCCAUUCCUCGGGGCUAAAAGGACUGUAGACCUCAAGACUUCUUUGGAUUUAUCUGAGAUUAGAGGAUUGGUAGCAAAAAUCCCUAACUGCCUCCACAUAUUUACCUUGCUGAUAAAUCUGUUUACAAACUCUGGCCAUAUCUUGUAUUGAAACUGGUAGUUUUAAUAGAAUUUUUUUUUAUUUAUUUUUUUAUACACCAAUGAGCAGUGGUACAAAACCUUCAGAACUCCAGAUGUCUUGUACUAGACCUCACCUGAUGCGCUGCCAGAAUUAUUGCUGUUGGUGCAGCAUGGGAAAUGUAGCCCAACAUCUUGAGUGCCAAAGGUUGUUUACAUCUGCCCUAGAGGACUCUAAAGAUCCUCAGCCCUCAUCCUGCUCGACCAUGCUACAGAUAAUGACUAUGCAGACCCCACCCCCCACAUUACUGGUGUACUAGUUGACCCAUGGUUAAGAUCCUGAUGAAAAAACAUUGGUCUAUUUUAUAGCAAUACAGUGGAGUUAUGUCUUGUCUACAAAAGGGCUGUGACUCUCUAUGCAAUAUACAAAUCAAACUGGGAAGGCCAACAUCCACUUAAGAUAUGUGUGCAAAUCUCCAAGGUUUCCCAAUCACCUCGCAAAAAGGUAUAAAAAAAAAAGCCACUACACGAAAAGAUUUAUUCCACCUGUACAGAACUGGCAACAUUUUGACCCAACCCAAAGGGCUUUUUUAAAAUUGUUCUUAAAUGUUGCAGCUGUUUGACAGUUAUAGCAAUCAUAUUGUUAGGUUUGGUGUUUGGUGUGUGGGGUGUUUUAUUUAUUUAUUUAUUUAUUUAUUUUUUAUUUUUUAUAGCGGUAACGUGUUUGUUAGGACAGUAUUUGCCUAGACUCAACUACUGUAAAGACAAAGGUCCCUUACCUGUCUGCUUCUAUGUUCCAGGGCUCUGUCUUACAUUAAAAUAUUUGACGUCGGGAACCGAUACCUAGUAAACAAAGUACAGGACCACGUGCAGAGCCGUACUGUGUACUACCUCAUGAAUAUACACGUCACCCCGCGUUCCAUCUAUCUGUGCAGACAUGGGGAGAGUGAGCUCAACCUCCUGGGAAGAAUUGGGGGGGACUCUGGACUCUCACAGCGUGGCAAGCAGGUGAGGCUGAUAUCGCCAAAGUAGUCAGUCACAAGCAUUAUCUGGUGACCCAUGUAAAUUUUUGUCCAAGGAGUUUCUUUGCCCCACUUUUCACACUCGUCAUGGUUUCAGACUACAGUCUGAUUUGUGGUGUUGAACUCACUCCCAUAGCUUGGGCUGACUUUAUAACCACUUCAUGAAUGGCCAGACAUCUAAAACUUGCACAGUCAACUUUUUAAGAACUGGCUUUAUCUGACAGAUUUGUUGAUAUUCCCACCUACUUCUAGCUGGUCCUGUAGCCAGAUUUUAUAUCCAGGGGCAUCUCCAAACAGCUCUGUAACGGAUCACCUGGCACCCGGACUGGGUACCUCCGUUUAAGGAUGCUCCUAUCGCUUCCUGAGGUCUCAAAGUACUCCAGCUGACACCAUAACCACUGUAGACUCCUUCAGAGUGCAAGACCGGAGCAAGCUCUUACUAUUGCUUAGUGAUAUAGCAAGAGAAUAUGACUAGCAUUGCAAUCCCUUGUAGUAGAUUCUCCGAAAAGGAGACGGCACUUCAAAUUGAGGGUGAAGUAGAACUCAAGCUUUAAUGAAACACUCUGAUUUUGUGCCCAUUUUACAAACCUAGUUACGCCCACAGGGUUUUGACGAACAACCAAUCAAACACGUCCAUUACAGUAAAACACUCCCAGCAAUUACACACACAUCCUCCCUUCUGCCUGUGAUAUAAUUACUGUACACAAUGGGUUAAAGUAAUUAUCACAGGCACAUUUUCAUGCCCAAAACAGUUCCAUAGAUUUGGGCUGUGCGGUCGGUCAAUUUCACACUGAUAAAAUGACGAAGUCCCAUUAGAAUGCACGAACGGCCCCGUUCGUGCGUUUAGCUUGGUAUAGCAGGGAGUUUAAAUAGCCGAACGGGAUUUAGUCUCUGUGGCUGAAAACUCAGUGGAGGAGAAGGUAAGGGUCAGCAGUGUUCGUUGAAAUGUGCAGCCGAUUUCAGUUCCAUGAAUUUGGCUGCACACACUGCUGACCGUGUGCGAAUGAAUAAAGAUGCCGGCCGCUGCCACGUGUUUGCACGAACGGCGGCCACCCAGCGGUGGGCAAUUUACCUCUCCCAGCACAAAGGAUUUUAAAGGUCUGGGGGCAUUGUCACACAAAGUCUUUGUCCCCAGAUGGUUAUUAAAGGGCCAGAACGGUCCAAUAUAAGUCCAUAAACCCAAAUGCUGUUCUUAAAGGGCCAUAUCUCCCAGUGGCUAUAGUCCCAAGGCAUGAGGCUGGCAAUCAGUCCCCUCCAAAAACCAGUGGCGGGGUCGCUUUCGACACAAGCUCUAUAGAAGAUUGGUCAAGGCUAGCCUAAAAGUAUCAACAAUUGGUUAAAGCAUAGCUAAAUGUGUAACCUACACUUCAAAGUCUCGUUCAUUCAGUGUUCAGACCCAGCAGUCACUCUCAUGUGAUGGCUAGAUCUUGAUUGACAACUAGUCUGUAAUUCCUUGUAAAGACAUUACUGACUUUUCUCCUAUUGUAAGUUUAGUGCACCCCACAUAACCCAAUAUCUGUAUGAGCUGCAAAGCCAUAUUGUAGAACUUCAAAUACACUCAUCUGCUGCACAACAUCUGUACCUCUAGAGCUGCUGCAGUCAAACCACAGUUAACACUUUAACCUUUAACUUUCAUCUGCAGUUUUCAAUUGCACUGGGUAACUUUGUAAAGUCUCAGAAGAUUCCAGACCUGAAAGUGUGGACCAGUCACAUGAAACGUACCAUCCAAACGGCUGAAGCGCUGGGUGUCCCCUAUGAGCAGUGGAAGGCACUAAAUGAAAUUGAUGCGGUGGGUAGAGGACUGUCCUUGUAACUUUUUUUUUCUCUGUAGACGCCUAGCUGGUCCAUCUUAUCCCUAAAGAGAGGCCUUGGCUAUAAAGCCGGAUUGGCUUUAAUAGCUAGUGUGUUUUUUAUGUUUGUUUUAUAUAUAUUUUCUUUUUCUACACGUUGCCAUCAAAUUUCAAACUACAUUGUGUUCAAAGUUAACACCUAACUUUAACUGGAGUUUCCUGAAGCUUUUUUUAUUUUUUAAUGUGAACGUCUUUUGUAGGGAGUCUGUGAAGAGAUGAUGUAUGAAGAGAUACAAGUGAAUUACCCUGAAGAAUUUGCACUGAGAGAUCAGGACAAAUACCGUUAUCGAUAUCCAAAGGGAGAGGCAAGUACUUGGUAACCAUUAGUAGGCUUUGGAAUUGGGUUAAAAAAAAAAAAAAACUCUGGAGUGACUAAACCCUAAGAGCUCCAUGGCUCGCAGAACACCAGGAGUGUAAUGGUACAUCUGUAUGUCCUAUGUUCCUAGCCGGGAAGAACUCCACUGUAUUGCUACAAAGUGCCAAAGGUGCACUUCCCCAGCCAUGUCUAAGUGACUUGCGUUAACCUCCCCAAACAUUACCCCUUGAUUAACUCCACUUAAAUCACUGUAACCAAGUGGGGGUCUAGUGCAGGGAUAGGCAACCUUAGGCACUCCAGAUGUCAGAUUACGUUUCCCACAAUCCUGACAAAGCAUCAGGGGAGAUAUAAUCUGGAGUGCCAAAGGAUGCCGAACACUCCCAUAUUGACCAUGUGCUCAGGAUUCUGCGUGUUGUAUUGUGAUUGCCUGUGUUCUAGAACUAGUAAAGUUCGAUGCAUGGCUAGCAAAUGCUGGCAAACCAUUCCAACUUGAUAAUGCAAAGAAAGGAACAAAUUCAUAUUGGCACAAAUCCUGGUUGUGGUCGGAAAAGCCAUCCAUUCAAGCUGGUUUGCCAGGUACAAAUACUCCAAGAUGUGUUGCUCUGACUUAAAGGGAAACUCCAGUGCCAGGAAAACAAGCAGUUUUCCUGGCACUGCAGGUCCCCUCUCCCUCCCAAUCUGUGGUAGCUGAAGGGGUGAAAACCCCUUCAGGUCACUUACCUGAAACACUGCCGAUGUCCCUCGGCAGUGGUUUCUUCUCGCCGCCGCUCCUCCCAGUCGUUACGUCGGCCGGUGGGCAAGACGUAUACCGCCCACCGGUCGGGGAGACCUAAUGUGCAUGCGUUAGGCCGGGUGACCUAAUGAUUUUCAGUGCUUUCCUAUGGGGAACUGAGCGACGCUGGAGGUCCUCACACAACGUAAGGACGUCCAGCGAUGCUCUAGCACAGGUUUUCUGUGCUAUAGAGCAAGAAGUGCCCUCUAGUGGCUGUCUAAUAGACAGCCACUAGAGGUGGCGUUAACCCUGCAAAGUAAUUAUUGCAGUUUAUUAAAAAAAAAAAAAAACUGCAAUAAUUACAGUUGCAUGGUUAAAAGUAGUGGGAGUUGGCACCCAGACUACUCCAAUGGGCAGAAGUUGUCUGGGUGCCUAGAGUGUCCCAUUUAAGAGAACAAUUUGCUAUGAUGAUGCUUAUGUGAAUCUUCCUUUAGUCCUAUGAAGACUUGGUACAGAGACUGGAGCCAGUGAUGAUGGAGUUGGAACGUCAAGAAAAUGUCCUAGUGGUAUGUCACCAAGCUGUCAUGCGAUGUCUCCUGGCCUACUUUCUGGACAAGAGUGCAGGUGACCACACACUUUAACCAGACACUUCACAAGUUAAUCUGUUAACAUUAUCUUAAACACAUGUAUUUGUAUCACUGACCUGUAUUUUAAUCACAUUUUUGUUUUGUUUUUUAAUGUGAAGAGGGGGUCUGAAUACAUGGGAAAGUCUCUUUGGUACUAUAGGUUCCCUUUAAGUGUGGUUUAAAAAAUAAAAUAAAAUAAAAAAUUUGGUCAAAUUUAGAAUUCCCCUUGUAUUCCAGUGUGGGAUGUUUUAUCUUGUCUGUCUAAAUAGACUAAUUUCUGUGUCUUUCCUCCAGAAGAACUGCCCUAUUUGAAAUGCCCCUUGCACACGGUGUUGAAACUGACCCCUGUGGCUUAUGGUGAGUGGUGUUAAUAGUUUUCUUGGGUACUUGUUUUAUUCCAGGAUCAGAAAAUGAAAUGUUCCAAUGCAGCUAUUCGUCUAAGAAAACACCACCCAAUGAGUUGAUGCAUAAUAUCCCAUUAAUUUAUCAGAUAACUGGGUUUAGCUGACUGUUUUAUUAGCCUGCCUUAUGAUCUGUUGUGUAAUUUGGAUUGAUCUACCUGCUGUUGAGAUCAAUUAUUGAUAUAUUCUAUGACAAUGGAAAAUGCAUGCUGCUUAUCUAAAAUACACAAUGUAAAUAAAUGGAUUCUAAAAUCUACCUCUGUAGAACUAUCUUCCCAGCUGCUUCCAGUAGUCCUUUCCUUAAGAUCUAGAUCAGGGAUGCCCAAUGGUAGACCCAGAAUAGGUGAAUUUGGAUUUCUAGAUUUUAACUUCUAUUCUGACCCCCUCCCGCCCCCUCUGAUUUGCAGUUUAAGAGCAUGGCAUGAACUCUAAUGGGUUUGUAAUGACUUGCUUAUAGGCGUAUUCUGACGCUGCAGAUUGUAAAAUGCUACUGUGAAAGUUCUAGAACUUGUAGACUUUAAUGUCUGCUAUUGCACAAUGUCCUGGUCUUACAGCAAGUCUGAGGGGGGGGAACUGCCAAUUGGGAAUCCAAGUGAACUGCUGAAAUUCAAUUGGCAAAUGGUGACAAUGGUCUGUGACAAUCAAAUAAGAUGACCUAAAGUAAUGUUUCGGGAUCCUUUGGAAACUUUAAGUCUAAAUUCAGUUUAGAGAAACCAAAGUAAACUCCCAAAAGUAUUGAUGGCUCCACAAGCAAAAUGGUUUGUAGCCGUAGUGAAAUGAAUAUCUAGAAUGGGAAUUCAUGAAAACCUAUCCUUCCUGCUUUUAACUGCUGGACACAAACGUUAAGCCCACAGCAUAAAAUGGGAGAACUCAAAAUAGAUUUCUUUCCUAGUAUCCUUAGCAGAGAGCCUUUUAAUAAGGAGCAGUUGGCAUGGAAACUAAAAAAGUUUCUCAUAUGGGGCAUCUUGCACCCAGAAAUGGCGUGCUUAUUAUUUAAGUAAAACCAUUUGAGUGCUCUCCGACUGGUACCGUGCUGCAUAAUGAGUGCAUAGCUGGCACCUUAUCUAGGCUUUGUGUUUAAACUGGUUGUGGAUAAUCCAUUCAGACUAAUCCCAUGCAUUCUCUGAAUCUAGGCUGUAAAGUGGAAUCCAUUUACCUGAAUAUAGAAGCUGUGAACACCCAUAGGGAGAGGCCUUUGGUGAGUAAACGCUGGUCUCAGCCAUGGUUCUGUUUUUGGGAGACAUCGUGCAUCUAGUUAUGGUGUGCAGCCAUCUUGAAUUACACUGUGCAGUAGACCUGGUUCGUGAUAUCUGCUGCACAUUGUCUUGCCGAUCUCCAUGCAGUAGCUCUUGUCUUUACUUGACUGAGAUGGCUGGCCUGUGCAAUGUAUAGGGCUUCUGUAUCCUGCCAUAUAUUUCACUAUUGCUCCUGCUUUUAGCAUCUAUCCAGAAAGCCCAGCCAGGCACCACUGUAUCGUCACUAUCGUGCUGUACCCUUAGCCAGCCCAAAGCCCACCAAAUCACCCUGUUUGAAGGAUCUGGGUGUGGUAGAGUCCCAGUGCCUGCAGGUAAUUGGGGUCUGAAACACUCACAUGCACCAGCAGGACUGAGCAUGCCGGCGUGGUGUCACCAACUAAUGGCUUGCAUUGUAACCUCGAAUAGGUUUAAGUUGCCUUCUUGUCAAAUUUCAACCCACAGCUUGGCCUCACUAACCCACUAUUUUUUUUAUUUUUUUUUUAAUCUACCUUCUUGUAUUGAGGAACACGCUAGUCUUUCAGCACAACCCUUUACGAAUGGCUGCCGUACUGUGACAGUCUUCAGCUGCACAGCUCCAAAGUUUGUAAACAAAACCAUUCUACCAUCUUAUCACCAGUAUCUGUUUUCCUCCUAACUAUCCAUCAUGGCCUCUUUGGCAAUGGUGUUCCAAGCCAGAAAGUAGACCCUUGCAUUAAGCAAUCAAUGUUCCUACUGUAAUCUAAAGUGCAUACUACUCUGAUACGGCAUUCUAUGGAGUGUCCAAUGCAUUAUGCCAGACAGGAGAUGCCUUUACUGGGUAGAAGCAGCUCCUCCUGGUCAAAUUGUGUAUUACAUUUACCCCUUGACAGUGGUACAAACUGUAUACUACAGUGACCAUUCUCUUCUACUGGUUUUAAUAGGUGCCCAAAUUUCAGGAAACUCCAACCAGUGCCUGGUAUACCCAUAUAUUUUUAAUUUCCCGUGCAUAACUUCUUUCAGAGGCUGUUGCAAUGUGGCUGUCAAUUCACUGUUUGAAUGAGGAAUAAUUGUCUUCCAGUAGGGCAACACAUUGCAUGGUUCUGUAAAUAAGCAUGCUGUUUUUUUUAUUUUGGGGGUGUGCGAAACAAUGCACAAUAUCAGGCUGCAGUAAAACCUUAAAUGUCAUGAGUGGCUGCACUUGAUAUAUUUUUAAUUUAUCAUUCUGCAAGUGAACAUCACAAAGAAUACUGUAGUGUCUAAGCGACACCCAAUAACCACAUAAAAAAAGGUGUACACGUCAGCAUUAUAUAAACAUGUGGAAUGUUUUUUUUGUUUUAAUAGGUUAAGACCGCUAAGUGAGAUUGGCAGUUAUAUGCCCUGUAAUGUAUGAUGUGUGGGAUUCUGUUUACUGGCAUGUGGUGACCCAUCUUGAGGAUAUGUCUAGGGUACAAAUGUAUUUUUUUUUUGCGCCAGGUGUGCAUGCCGCUUUAUUUGUACUACACAACUAGUCUUUCAUUUUGUUUUUGGCUUCACCUUCACUUGCAUGUUUAAAGUUUCAAACUUCUAUUGGUCUCUAAUCCCUUUUUAAUUUGUGCGCAUGCUCUUAUUUGCCAAUAGUUUCAAAGUCUUUAAUGGGAAAACUGGGCGCCAAAGAGGUUGGUGUGGGCGAAUCAUAAGGAUUGCCUGUGAAUCAGGUUUGGUUUUGAGCCCAGAUUAAUGGGCAUUUGAUGCAGAAAGUUGUUCAAAACUAGCUGACAUGCACAGAUCCACUGCCUUGUGCAAUAGACCGGAACGUUCUGAUCUUGGACCACCACACUGGCCAGAUUGCUAAAUCUAUUCAGACACUGGCAAAUCCAAUUCAAGGCUUACCCAAACAUCCUAUGUUUAUAGUACUGUAGACAGCCGAUUCCUACUUUGCCAAUUGUGACUUCUCAUGAUUGAAGUUCUCAGAAAAUACUGACUAAUCUCAUGUUUGGCUUUUCAGAAUGUGGAAGUGUCACGAGACCCAGAAGAUGCACUACGUACUGUACCUGAACACUUUUAACUGGACUGUUUUUUGGUUUUUUUUUUUUUAAACUGCAAUGUGUGAAUUUUUUUUACUUACGGUAGUUUUGUUUUUAAUCUGGUCAGUAACCUGAAGGAAGAGUAACUGGAGCAAUCAUGACAAGUUCAAAUGCCUGCAAACACCUAUUUUAUCUGCAUUAAACAGGGGUGUUUGCAAGAAUCUGUCUCUGUGUCAAUCUGUUAUCACUGGUUAUUCAUAAGCUGGAAAUAUCCAACCCAUUGGAACAUGGAAGUCUGCAUCAAUCCUCAAUUACUCUUGCGCAGUGGGUGCAGCCAAUUUUAAACCAAAGAAUUUAUUUUCAAAGACCACACUAAACUUGUGAAUUCUUGCUUUUCCUGAACUUGUGAGCUGGUUUCAUACAAACAAGCUUGUACCUGCAUGGUCUCUGGACGGAUGAGUGGUACUUCUGACCAAAUCACUUGAAAAGAUGGCUGUCCCAUUGGACAAGAUUAAACAUUCCAAUGGAACACUCCCAAUGAAUGUGGUUUGUUUUCUUUCUUUGAGGGGGUUUCGAUCUUCAUUGGGAUAUCCUAAAACUGCUUGAAAAAAUGCAGUUCUCUUGAGUUAACUUGUUAAUCUGCACUCCUUGUAAAAUGACUUUUCAUACAAAGCAUGUCGGCAAACUAAAGGUGUUUAGCCCACUCCUUAACAGUGU